AUGGGUAUUUUUGCACCAGAAGACCAGUCGGAAGGCACGAAUGGGACUUCAGAGUAUAACUUACAGUACACAACUGGAGAGGUAACUGCUAUAUCUAUAACCAUUGUGAUAAUUAUACUGUUGACGAUCGUGGGGAAUGUACUGGUCUGCAUGGCUGUGUUCAUGGAGCGGUCAGUCCAGCGGGUCCAGAACUGGUUUAUCGCUUCUCUGGCCAUCAGCGACCUGGCCGUAGGGCUGGUCAUCAUGCCACCGGCUCUUGUAAACGAACUCAUGGGGUACUGGUACUUCGGACGGGUGAUGUGCGAGGUGUUCCUGGCCCUGGAUGUCUUCGCCUGCACCGCCUCUAUCCUGAACCUGUGCAUGAUCAGCGUGGACCGGUACUGGUCCGUCACACAGGCCGUGCAGUACUUCAAGAACACCAACUCCAAACGUGCCGGCUGUAUGAUCGCCGCCGCCUGGGUCCUGUCCGCUGUCAUCUCCCUCCCGCCGCUGUUCGGACUGUUCGGCUGGCAGGCUCAGGUCCCACAGAGCGCCGACCUGUACCCGAAGUGUGAGUACAGCGACAGUCCAGGGUACGUGUUAUACUCCACCAUUGGAUCUUUCUACAUCCCUCUGACGAUCGUAUUCGGCAUGAACAUUAAGGUCUUCAGCGUGGCUCUGACCCGUGUCAGGCGGCACCCGUCCAUGCAGACGGCCGCCUAUCCUAUCAACACCGACAAGCCCUCCAUGUCACCGGUAGGGAUCGCCAAGUUCAAGAUCAUGGGGCGAUUUUUCAAAAACAUGUCGCGGGCGGACGGCAUCGCGACCGAGGACAAGCCUAAAACGGUCAUGGUGAACGGGGAAGGCAAGGAGAUGGUCACGUACUCAACCCCGCUGUCUCCCCCGGUCUCUCCGCCUACCCCUGGAGAAAAGCCGGUAACUCCGGACGAUCAGGUCAUAGUCGAAGCUAGUAACGACAAUCAGGGAGGGAACACCACCCCCACCCCGGGGUUACGCCCCAGCCCUACCCCCGUGCCCCGGGACGCCAACGGGAACUCCAUGGCGCUGCAGCGGGCCUGCAAGCGCAGAAAACGCGACGAAGGCAGGAAACGACACGAGAAACUCCGACAGAGAAUCCGCCUGUCGAAAGAGAGACGACUGACCAUGGUGAUCGGGAUUGUCAUGGGUGCGUUUGUCAUGUGUUGGCUUCCGUUCUUUGUCUCGUACCUGGUUCUAACUGUCUGUACUACCUGUAGACUGUCCCCACUGCUGUUUCGGUUCUUCGUGUGGUUAGGGUACUGUAACAGCGCGCUCAAUCCGCUCAUCUACACUCUGUUCAACAAAGAUUUCAGAGACGCUUUCCGCAAAAUUAUCAAAAGAAUGUGUUGCAAAUGUACCAACCAUAUGCAUUAAGCAAACAUCGCAACAAUUAACCAAGACUUUCA